AUGGAAUUUUAUCAGGAAUUCAAGAUAAAAUUAGAAGAAUUUAAUAAACAUCUAAAUGAACUAACAGAUGGAAAUUCAUUGGAAGAAACUUUAGGUCGUCUUGAACCAAUAAAGCAGGCAGAAAUACAAGCAAAUUUAGCUUACUUUAUACAGGAUCUAGUUUAUAUUCUAUUAAACGUUAGAGGUAUAGACACAACCGCACACCCUAUCAUACAAGAGCUGAAUAGGAUAAAGCUUCAGUUCGGCAAGAUAAAGCAUUCAGAACAGAAACAGCAGUCACAACAGUCCAUAGACAAACCAGCUGCAGACAGGUUCAUUAAAGCUGCUUUGCAGUUCCAACAGAAGUCUACAACUAGCGACAAUAAUCUCAAUAAUGAAAGUAGUAAUGACAAUAAUAAUGACAAUAAUAAUGACAAUAAUAAUGAAAGUAAUGUCCGUACAGAUAAGAACAAACGAUCGUCGGAUAGUCACCCAACAAAGCCAAUGAAGUCAAAGAAAAGUAAAAAAUCAUCAAAGUAA